AUGGAAACCGCCGCAGGAAUAGUCGGCCUAAUAGGCUUUGGCUUCCAAUUAUGCACCAUGAUAGAUAACAUCGUCUCAUCGUACCGUUCGUCCACAACGGAAUUAUCAAAUAUCUCAUCGAACAUCUUGACGUUAUGCGAUGUUCUCGAGGUACUUGAUAAACGGUUAAAACUCAAAAAACGUACCAAUUCCUUCGGGAGUACUUCCACUGGUACCCACGGCGGUCACGCAGGAAUCGUGAAAAGAUCGAUAACGCGUGAGGAAGUUGAUGAUAAUAAUCUUGAAUUGGUACAACUGACGACGACGACUGAAGAAACGGUUAUGUCGGAGAGUCAGGCUUGUUUGCAGAAUGUGUUGGAUAAAUGUUGGGGGUGUUUAUUGGAUAUUCAGAGAUUGUUGGAGCCGUUUAGAGGUGGGAGUGGUGGUGGGGGUGUAAAUGUGCUGGUGAGGUUUAGGUGGAUGAGGAAGAAGAGUGAUGUGCAGCUCGUCAUGGCGAAUUUGGAGAGCUGUAAAAGUACGCUUUCUUUGACGCUGUUGGUUAUGCGGUAUUGUGCGGAAGACGAAGAGAAAGUGGAUCCGAAGGAUAUUGCGCUUGCGAUACAAAAGCAGGCUGAGCAGUUGAAAUCGGAGAAGGAUCAGAAUUAUGCAUUUGUGAUGCAGCGGUAUCUCGAUUGCGCUUCUUCUACGAUCGGUUCUCCUAAGUCGACAUUAGUCCAAAGUCACGGCUACGACGACGAUGAUGUAAAGAGUUUUGUACUUGACGAUAAGGCGUCAACAAGGUACUCUACAGACUUUGAAAUAGAUUCUGAAGACGAGUUUGAUGAGAAGGAAGAAAGCUCUUCUCUGGAUUCUUUUUCCAUCCCUGGAUUACGGUCAGAACCUUCGCGAUCCUCACUCCUAUCGGUAACGGUUUACCAAAAGGUCGGAAAUGAAAGAAAAGAACAAAGACGGAGGAAACGACAGAGUAAAGACUCCGGGUGUGUAAUCGAAGACGACGAUAUUUCAAUGUUAUCCCGAGAAUCGGUUAAAUGGCAGCCGUUUUUGUCGUUGGGUUAUAAAUUGGAAUGGUAUAGAAGGAACUUUAGACCGGAUCUUAACGGUAGACUUUCAAGUAUUCAGCAGUUAGCUGAUACUUGUGAGUUUAAUAUCCAUGAACUUUUGGCGGGGUGUAGACCUCCUUCGAGGCCUAUUACUCCGGUGGAUAUUUCAUCAAUCCCGCAGAGCCAUCAGAACCAACUUCGAAAGAAACUUAGUAGUCGACAUCUUCUAUCCCGUCCAACAGCCUUAAAACCCCGCGAAGAAGACUUUUUCCGCGGUAUAGUGCGUAUCCAAAAGGCUCUCGCCAAUCUAUCCACCCUUCGCUCCAACGCUCUCAAAAUCCUCUCCGCAGCACCAGUAUUAAUAAGAACCUCCUCCCUCCCUAUAACAAUCCAUACAAAAUCCACCGCCACCUCAGCAAAUAAUACCGAAACGCCACUACGACCAUACGUCCUCGACGCUCUCCAGAUCCUUCUAACAAUCCACACCCUCUCCGAACAUCUCCAUCAAAAACUACAAGAACUAACAUCCCACCGCGACCAAACCUCCAAAUCCUCGAUUCUAUCUCGUCUCAGCCUCUCCAACGACAUCUCCCGCUACGAACAUACAAAGCGUACAUUUUCAAAUAUAGAAGCCAAAUUAUCGUUAUCACACGCUCAAGAAAGAUAUUCUCGUGCGAAGGAACUCUGGGAAGCAACGCACGAUGUUAUCAACGCCGCUUUAGAAGCCGAGUUUUUCUUUUUCGACGAUAUGGAUAGAAUAUUAUCCGCUGCUGUUGCAGAGCCUUUACCGAGUUAUAACGGGAAGUUGAAGAGGAGUAAUUCCUUGGGGUUGGAAACAGAUAUGUCGGAUAACGAUGUCAACCGUGGUUACUCAGCGCUUGUAGCCAGUGCGGAAAGACAGAAGUCUUAUACACUUAUUGAUCAUAAACUGCGGGGGAUCUUACUCUCUGCAAAAUCGGAGCUUGCGAUCGCGGAAGGGAAAGUCGAUUUUGUACCUGUUAACGGAAGGACGGUGGGACAGGUUAUUAAGGUGCUGGAAGAAGAGGCGGGGAAGGAGAGAGAGAAGUUGGAGGCUGUGUUUAGGUAUUUGAAUGAUUAUGUUUGCUCUUAUGUUGCUGGGACAAUAGGGAGAUUGGAUGUUGGGAUGGCGAGGUUCGGGGAGAGUUUGUUUAUUCCGUUGCGGAAGACGGUUGUUCUUGAAUAG